AAAAUGAAGACGCUGAUGCGAAUAUUUCCUAAUUUCCUUCUCAGCUCAAUGUUACAUGCCUUUUCGGAAUAUAUGAUAGCUAAUGUAAAGCUGGAUAACUUUCGGUUUGACGAUGAACUUCUUCAGACAAUUGUUCAGAACGAUGUUGCAGAUUGUUCCCUGCAGUGUCUAGAAACAAAUGAUUGUCUGUCUGUACAGUACCGGAAGACCACUGGAGACUGUCGACUUUAUAACACAGUGUUUUUGUCCACAGACGGUGGGAUUGCUGAACAGAAUUGGAGAUAUUUCCAGAAAACUGGAGGAUAUUGUCCUUCCUAUUUUACCCGCUAUGGAAGAAAUGGACUUUGUUUUCACUAUGCUGGAGAAUUAGCAAAGGAUGCCGGGAUAGCAUAUUGUUCAAAAAUGGAAUCAGGUCUUAUUCCUGUUACAUCAGCGAGGGUCGAGGCAUUCAUCGAAUCGCUGCUGGAGAGGACAACCGUUAUCAACGAAAAGUCGGCAUAUAUUCAAGGAAGAUGGAACACGACGCAUUGGACUGACAACCAAGGGAGAGAACUACAGUAUACGAAAUGGAAAGCAGGCCUGGGUGUACCCCCUGCAGGAAAAGAGAACAUUAAAAUUAUACGAACUCAAGGGGGGUAUUUCUGGACAUAUGCUAGUAGUGGAAGAAAUGCUAGAAGUUUGUUUUGUGGAUUAAUCAUUGAUUAG